AUGUUUUAUCUACGUAUUGGGGAGGAAAGUGCAAGUUUAGUAGUGGUUACCUGGGUUUACCUAGCCGUGUGGUGCGCCGCUUCUUCAGCACCUUGCGACAAAACACGCAAGGUGUUCACCGACCCCAGCGGGGUUAUUACCGACGGCCCUACAAACUCUAAUUACACACAAGAUUCACAUUGCGAAUGGCUUAUAAAGGCAGGAAAUAAGAGUCAAUAUAUAACACUGAGCUUCAUUCGUAUGGGAACAGAAUGUUCUUAUGACUAUGUAUUUGUAUAUGACGGUGAUUCAUUUGACGCUCCUCUCUUAGGAAGCUUCAGUGGAAAAACUGAACCUCAAAAUGUUACUGCUUCUAGUGGAUAUAUGCUUAUACUGUUGUACAGUGAUACAAAUUAUGUACUAGAUGGGUUUCGUGCAACAUAUGCUAUACACGAUUGCCCAAACAAUUGUACAGGACGAGGCCUUUGUGUGUCACAUAAAUGUUUUUGUGUGGUAGGUGUUUGGGGUGGCCCGGACUGUAGUGUAGAACUUUGUCCUAAUGGAUGUUCAGGUAAUGGACAGUGUAAAGGAAAUGGAUGUCAAUGCAAAAAGGGUUAUUCUGGAGAAGCCUGUUCCUUGAAAAAGAAUGAUGUUGAAGGCAACAGCUGGCAUUGGCUUUCCCACACAGAAAGUGGGAUGACUAAGAGAGCUGCUCACACAUCUGUCUAUGUUAACCAUACUGACUCUCUGUAUGUUUUUGGAGGAUAUGAUCUGAAUAGAGUUUUAGGUUUACUGGAAAUUUAUAAAUUUUCUACUAGUCAGUGGUAUGAUGAAGAUGGUAAGGUUUUAAAACGAUAUCCAACGACAGAGGAAAAUGAUAAAUCUUUGUUGACUUUAUUUACUAAAGGCAAUAUUGAUGGCAGUUGGCAGAUAGGAAAUAGAAGUUCAUUAUUUAAUUUACUUUUAGCAUCGUUUUCACACCAUGACAAAACCACAUUACCUCUUAUGUAUACUCCUACGCCUUAUUCCGAAAGCUAUUUGCAAUUUACUGACAGACCUGAAUUUUUUUCACCUAUCAUUAAGUCCAACAACUCCAAACCUGAACCAAGAUAUGGUCAUUCAGCAUGUGCAUUUGGUACUGGAUUUAUCCUAUAUGGUGGGAAGUUAUCUGAUGGAAGCUUAUCCUCAGAACUAUGGUUUUAUGACGCCGUUUAUAACACCUGGACCUUAAGAGCUGUAAACUCGACAUUCACUCCACCUGGACUAACUCGACACACAUUGACAUCUGUAAAUGAUGAAUUGUAUUUAUUUGGUGGCAGCACAGUAGAUGGAGAGUUUUCUUCAAGUUUGUACAAGAUCAAACUAGGUGAAAUAAAUAUAGAGUCGUGGGAAAAAGUGCAAGUACGUGGCGGCAAAGAGUUAGAUGUGCGUGUUGUGGCACACACUGCAGUUUAUCAUUCUCAUUCUAACUCUAUUUUGGUGUACGGGGGUGUGGUUGCUAGUGUUGCAAGGUUUUCAAAAUUGUCUGAUCGAAUGUUUGCAUUUGAUUUGGACUACAAACAUUGGAGUGAAAUACAUUACCCCAGGGCGCACCUACGUGAUACCUAUGUUCCUAGAGAAAGAGCUUUUCACACAUCAACUGUUAUUGGAAAUUAUUUAGUUGUAUUUGGUGGCUACUCGCAUCGACAUAACAGAGAAGAAAUAUGUUAUGAUGGCCAAAUGUACCUUUAUCAUCUUGGUUGUCACUCAUGGAUUCCUUUAGAUGUUCUGGGCAAAGCUCGCAAAUUAUAUCCCAAGAAACAAGGAGUGUUUGCUCACGCAGCAGCAUUGAGACCACCAUCUACUUUAUUGAUAGUUGGUGGAUAUCACGGAAAUGUUAAUGGUGACCUAUUAGCUUACGUGGUUCCCAGUUGGCAUGCAGGUAUUACUAAUAAAGAUCCCGAAUCGGCGUGUCCAAAACAUCGCACCCAGCCGGAAUGUCUCGCCGAUCCAGAAUGUGGCUGGUGUUCGGCUGAUGAUAUUUGUUAUGGCAGAACGAUUGGAUCUAAUUGCACAACAAACUUACAAUCUAUUCGAUGUGGUGGAAUCUGUCCUGCUCUUGGUGAUUGCCAUUCUUGUCUAAUCCAUGGUCCUCCUUUAGAGAAAAUAAACAGCACUCGUAAACCACUACCUUCUGUGAGCACUAAGUUGGGCAUUUACCAGUGCAGUUGGUGUGUUCAAAAUGCAAGAUGUCAUCACAAAGAUGAUAACUAUGGGGUGUGUGGAGAGGAUACGCCGUCUGAAAAUCCUGGGUGGUGGGGAACGACGGGCACUGAAGUGACAUCGCCCGAAGAGUGCAAAAUUUUAGAUAAAAGACCAGGCCUUACUUUCUUGAGAUACCAACAGCCGGCCGAUUGGAAUCACCCAGAUGGAGUAUCUGUGGUUAAUGCAACUACUGUAGAUUGGGGUGCGGGAGGAGGUAGUAAUCACAUUUUCAUUGGGUCGAGUGAAGCAAGGUUGCGAGGCUGGUUGCACAUACCACAAUAUUGGAAUGGAACAGGUGAAACUCUACAUGUUUGCGCAGGACACUCAAAUAUCUCUCUCCAUCUUGGCGGCAACCCUAUUUCGGUCGCAAACUUGACAGCGCAGCCUUCCGCUUGUUCACUCGUUGAUUGGCCAACCUUAUUUCCUGGUCGGCUGUCAGUCGAUAUGCACGCAAAUGAUUCCUUACAUACGGGCUUGUAUCCGUCCCAUCAUCAUUCAAAAAUGGAACUUCUUCAUAAUAAAUCUCAGGAAAAUGCUAAGGUAUUCACGUUUGAAUUCCUAGAACCUUACUCCGACGGACAGUGUGCUAAUUACGACAACUGUCUGCUGUGUCUGUCAGACGCUGCUUGUGGUUGGUGCGAAGUAACGAAUCGCUGUGAGGCGAGGAACAUCGACGAAAAAACCACCUGCUUUGCAGACGGCGAGUGGAGAUACCUUACUUUACAACCGGCCGCUUGUCCUAACUGCUCUAAUUAUAUAAGUUGCGAGCGUUGCGUGUCUGGAAAUUACUGCGAAUGGUGGGCAGACGAGGCACGGUGUGCGCGAAGAGGGCGAGCUAGUGGAGCUAUAGUAGAUGCAAGUGAAUGUCCAGCGCCCUGCCGUAUGCGGCUCGACUGUGAACAUUGCCUUGAUGAACGUGGGCGUUGCGUCUGGUGCGAAGCGACCCGCCAGUGCUUUAGUUUUAGUGUAUAUACUAGCGAAUAUCAAUUCGGCUUGUGCCGGGAGUGGCUUGAUAGAGCCUCGGCUCCGCCAGCAGAUGAUACAACUCGUAAAUCUGGCCAGUGCAAAUCCUGUCAAGCUCAUACACAAUGCUCAACUUGUUUACGUAGUAUGGGAUGUGGCUGGUGCCAUUCCUUUGAAAACCCUAUUAACGGUGUCUGUACAGAAGGUGAUUUUACUCGAUCACAUGUAGAUUGCGCUUCUCUUUUGAAUGUUACUUCGACUGAUGCAGGGUGGGCAUACGCGCAGUGUCCUGAUGUUGACGAGUGCGGUCUUGGCCUUCACGACUGUCAUGAAAACGCCAUCUGCAACAAUACACACGGCUCAUAUACUUGUAAAUGUAAACAGGGUUACAUAGGAGACGGUAAAAAAAGCUGCAUGCGAACUUGUUACAACAAUUGUAUUCAUGGUUAUUGUCUCGGCGCUCCUCAAUAUAAAUGCCACUGUGAUUUGGGAUGGACGGGCGCAGAUUGUUCCAUUAACUGUGGAUGUCACAAUCAUUCAACGUGUAAAACAGGUGUUGGCCGCUGUGACGAAUGUCAAGAUUGGACAGAGGGUGAAUUUUGUGAGUAUUGUAAACCGGGUAGUCAUGGUAACGCGACAACAGGCCAAGGUUGUCGUAGAUGCGAUUGUAACGAUCACGGCGAUGAAUCACGAGGCGUCUGUGACUCGGCAACUGGUGAAUGUAUUUGCAAAGACAAUACGGAAGGACAAAAUUGCGAGCGCUGCAAACCCAAAUUUUACGGAGAUCCUCGACAUGGCGGUAGAUGCUAUUAUCAGUGUGAGCCGCGAGGUAUGUUAAAUGCAACACAGACCGAAGGUAUCGGUUCCUUUUUGACAGAUCCAGACAUUAAAACAUUAGGACCAUCAAAAGAAUGUCUAUGGAUUAUAUCAGCCAAUAACAUAAAAGACGCUACAAUUCAAUUUAGUAUAAAUUCCUCUCAUUUUGACGUGCCAUGCGAUGAAAAUGCUGUUUAUGUUUAUGACGGUCUCGGAGGUGUACCUGAUUUGAGUAACACUCAACAAAGCCAACUAUUAGGUGUAUUUUGUAAUGGAGCUUCGUCGGGAGUUGUUGAAGCUCGUAGCGGAAAUUUGACUGUUCAUUACAAACAAGGUCAACAAGAGCAAGGCUUUGAAGGCGUCUACAAGGUGCUAGCUUGUGAUGAUUACUGUUCCUGGCCCAGAGUGUGUAACAAGAGACAUUGCGUUUGCCGUGAGGGAUAUGGAGGUCCCAACUGCGACGUCGAAAUAUGUCGAAACAAUUGCAGCGUAAGCAUUAAGGCUGGCGUUUGCGAUAUUAAUUACGGACGAUGUCUUUGUAAUGAGGGUUAUGGGGGAGACGACUGUUCAGCAAAACUUGAUAAGACUCAACUUGUUUUCACUGAACUGUUUAAUUCUGAAUACCUGUCUGACGGAUUAGAUCAUCUUAGAAAAACAUUGCCCAGAUUCGGGCACAGUUUAGUUUCUGAUAGACGAGGCUUAUGGAUGUUUGGUGGAUAUUCACUAUCACAUGGACCGUUGAACGAUAUUAGAUUUUUUGAUACUAAAAAUAAUACCUGGAUGCAAGUGACUGUAGAAGCUACACCCGACGCUAAAAUGCCAGAAGGACGUUACUUUCAUGCAGCAGAGAUAUAUCACUCUAAACAGAAUAUUUACAUCUAUGGAGGCCUAAGUUUACAAGAAAAAAGUGUAAAAAAUAAAACCCUUGACGAUUUUUGGCAAUUUAGUUUGAAAGAUCAUAGGUGGAGUAACAUAAAAAGUAAAGAAGAAAGUCCACCCGCUCUUGCUGGUCAUACAUUGACGUUACAAAAAUAUCAAGACUACGAAAGUCUAGUUUUAAUUGGUGGUUUUUCAAUGAAAGGAGGUUUCAUGUCUGAAAUGUGGGAAUUCGAUCUUGAUAAUGAAAAGUGGAUUAAAUUGCAUUGUUCGGGUUCAAUGCCAUCGGGUAUUAUUGGUCACAGCACAGUUUACCACGCACCUUCACAAAGUCUAUAUGUUUUUGGUGGUAUAUUACAUGUCUACAAUGGGACUAUGAUCUCUAAUAAACUAUUCUCUUUCCAUUAUCCCACUAAAGCUUGGAGUAUAUUGCCCAGCUUCUUAAAUGUACAUAACUCUGUCGAUAGUUUACCUCUUGCAACAUAUUUACAUUCUGCCGUCACCACAAAUGACUACAUGAUUGUGUUUGGAGGAAGAACUGAUCCAGAAAAUAGAUCCAAUGCGCUUAUAGUCUACAUCUAUAGUUGUAAUCAAUGGGUCAGACUUGUAAAAGGAGUGAGUAUUGUGGACCAUCCACCUCCGCGUACCAUAGCGCAUGCAAUGGCAAUUGAUGUUGAAACAGAAAACGAAGGCUAUAUUUACAUAAUCGGUGGUUGGACCGGUAGUGCGAAUUGUCAAGUGACUCGUAUAUCCCUACCCGAAGAUCUUUGUUCGUUGUGGAGCUCGAACAAGAUGGAUUGCCGAAGUCACAUGGGCUGCAGCUUUUGCAGCACAAGUAACUAUACCAAAUGCUACUCUGUUGAUAAACCUGGAUGUGAAAGCAGCGAUAGGGUUUCUACAAAUUCUGGGGCAGCCUGCGAUUCUGAACUGAUUUCGCGUCGACCGUGCGAAAAUUUCACUUCAUGUACAUCAUGUCUAGCCGCUUGGCCGCUAUACCCUGAAGAAAAACCAUCCUGUCGAUGGUGCGAAUCAUGUGCAGCAGCUGUUGGUGAAUGUGUACCGACGGAUGAGUCGUGCACUAGUAUCAAAUGUAACGCUGGAACUACGUACAUCAGUGACAUGGACCAAUGCCCUGAGCUAAGAUGCCUAGCGUCAGAUUGUGACAAAUGCGUGUCAAACCAAUGCACUUGGACUCGAUAUGCAAGUAGAUCAGGUCAAUCGACAAAAAUCUCAGAAGAUUCAUCAGAACUUUUCAACUGGACAUGUGCUUUAAUUGACGAGCCUGGUCGAGCAAGUCUUAGGCCGAGAACCAAAGAGGAGUGCCCGAGUCGUUGUAAUCAAUUUACUGAUUGCCAAUCGUGUCUUAGCUCCGACGGAGCCGAAGGUGGUUUUUCCGAAUGUCACUGGGCAUCAUAUCUUGGAAUUUGUAUUUCACCUGCAUAUCAACCUGUCUAUUGUGCUGGUGGUGUCUGCGGACUGGUGUUAACCAAAGCAGAUAAAAAUAAAUGUCCCGCUCCUUGCGAUACUUUUGAACAGUGUUCGGAGUGUCUGCGCCAUUCGCAUUGCGGUUGGUGUGCGAUAGAGGGCGCUAACGGCGAAGGCGUUUGUUCUGAAGGCUCGAUUGAUUCUCCGCUUGAUUACUCGACUCGUACUACUUGCGAUGCCGUAUACUCCAUCGUUCAUGAAUCUAAUAAUACCAACGAAACAUUUUCAUGGCACUACACUCGUUGCCCGCCCGAGAAUGAAUGUGACAAUGAUCAUCAUCAAUGUAAAGCGGAGUCUGAGGUGUGCGUAGAUCUAUCCGAGGGAUAUGAAUGUGCUUGCGGGGUGGGGUACAAGCGGGCGGGUGGUGCGGGGGGCGGCGGCUGCACGGCCGUGUGCUCGCAGGGCUGCGUGCGCGGCGUGUGCGUGCAGCCCGACGUGUGCCACUGCGACUUCGGCUACGUCGGCGCGAACUGCACCAUACAGUGCCAGUGCAACGGACACUCGCACUGUGAGGGGCCCGACAAACUCGAUAAGUGCAUCGAAUGUCACAACAAUACUAUGGGUAACCAAUGUGAAAUCUGUAAGCCUAACUUUGUUGGCGAUCCCACUGACAAUGGGCUGUGUAUACCGUGCUCCGUGUAUUGCCACGGUCAUACGACGGUGUGCACAAAUGAUAUGUCGGAAGUAUCGUUGAUCCCACGUGAUAUUGCUGGAGAUCCGGAUGAAUACUACAGGGACGGCGGAUCUAAGGCACGGUGUGUGCGAUGCGCUAAUAAUACUGACGGUCUGAGAUGUGAGCGAUGCAUUGAAGGUUACUUUAGAGGCUCAGAGGAUUUCCGGGAUCCUUGUCGACCUUGCGAAUGCCACGGUCAUGGCGACACAUGCGACCCGGUGACCGGCGAGAAGUGCAACUGCGGCAACAACACGGAGAGCGACGCGUCCUGCCAGGCGACCAGCUCCAGCAAGAACACUGCGCAGGAGUGCUGGCGCUACCAGUGCGUCAAGUGCCGCGACCUCUACAUGGGCGACCCGCGAAACGGACACCAGUGCUACAAGACUAUUAACAUCGAGAACAAGCUCUGCUUCGAUGGCAAGUCUAUCGAUGAAUGCAAAAUCAAGCCGCGUCCUCUUUACCCUGGCCAAACUGUUUUCGUAGCCGUAAACCCGAGAUAUAUGAACGUCGACAUACGUGUGAUAGUAGACGUCACUCAAGGUGCCGUUGACUUAUACUUGAGUCCGAAUGACAGCUCGUUUGUAGUAUCAGUAAACUCAACAGCCGGAACUCAUACAGUCGAGUUGGAUCCGACUUACUACAAGCACGAUCAGAUCCGCAAAAUACCAUCCUUCGACGAUCCCGUGCCGGACAGUCAGCAUGUCACUUGGUACUACGAUAAAACUGAGUAUUCUCUAGCAGACUAUACGGCGACAGAUCUUGCUACGUUUGUGACAGUAGAUAAGAGAAAUGUAUUGCUGCGCGUACGAAACCUGCGCAACCGACUGGUGCUGACAUUGCCGGAGAAGGUUCAUGACCUGUCCCAUACAAAAUUCUUUAUAAUUAUCCGUGCACGUCACGCAGAAGAUGGCGCUGCCAGCUUCGGUAUUACGUUCUUCCGUCAGGAUCAGCUUCAUAUCGACCUAUUUGUUUUCUUCUCGGUGUUUUUCUCAUGCUUUUUCCUGUUCCUCGCUGCAUGUGUUGUCGCUUGGAAGGCGAAACAAGCCGCUGACGUCCGAAGAGCUAGGAGAAGACAUGUGGUGGAGAUGCUGCACAUGGCGAAGCGGCCGUUCGCUACAGUGCGUGUGGUGUUGAGCGGGGGCGCGGCGGUCCUGGUGGGCGUGGGGGGCGCGGCGGGCGGGGCGCGGCGCCGGCGCGCGCUCGACCUGCGCCCCGUCGCCAUCGAGCCCACCGCCGACGGACGAGCCGCCGUCACCUCCGUACUUGUCAGGUUACCGGGAGGAGCACGAGCGCCCGUAAGGCUGGCGCUCGCUUCUGCGCUUGUGCAAGUCUCGCGCGCGCCGCAGCAGCGACCUCGCGCCCGACGUCCGCUCUCCUAG